AUGAACAAUAACGUCAAUUAUAUUUCUGAAAAUUUUACAAAUUCUCUUACUACUAAUAAUAAUAAUAAUAAUUUACUUCGAAAUGAUAUUCAACCACGUCGAAAUAGUUAUCAAAUAGCAAUUCUUACAUCUAAACAAGACCGUCUAGAAGUUUUAUGUUCGAAUGCUUCAUCCAUAUCGUCUAUUAUUGAUCAUAUUAACACUACACGAUCGUUAUGUGCUAUAUCUGAUAGUUAUUCAUGUCGUGUCAAUGGUUACAUUCAACGAAGUACUAGCCAGCCAGUUGUUCGUUCUGCUGGCAAUAAUAGUUUACUAGAAAAUGCAACACUUUUACUUGAUUCUCCUGUUCAUGGUCUUCAUAAAUCUCUUAAAGUAUCUCCAUUGACAAAAUCAUUUUCAUCAAGCAAUCCACCACUAGCAAAUCAGUCAUCAAAUGAACGUACCGAUUCAUUAAGUUCAUCAGCCAUAACCAUCAUAUCUGGCCAUCGCAUUCUCUUGCUUCGAUCGUUUGCAUCAGUCUUAGUAUUAGCAUGUCUAUUUUCAACUGAAGUUCUUCAAACGUCAAUCUAUUCAAUGGAACGUAGUUUUCAAAUUCUAUUAACACUACAUUUAAGUUCGUCGAUAUCGGCAUUGAGUCUUGCUGCAUACACAUCACAUACACAUGCCAAUCGUUGCCGUUGGAAAAUUUCCGAUAUGCUCGCAUACGAUCGUUGUUCACAAAUUUUAAUUGUUUUUACAACAAUAUUUACUUCAACAUGGAUCAUAAUGCAAUAUUUUCAUUCGUUUUAUUAUUGUCUACUUGUAAGCGCCUGUGUAACUGGUGUGUGUCUUAGUUGCAUGGUAAUAAAAACAUUUGAUCAUCUAUUACAAUUAUCAACAACAUUACCCAUUGAAGAUAGAAAAUUUUUAACCGAACGUAUUAAAUUAUUUAUUUGUAUUUAUAAUUGUAUUUGUCAUUUAGCAUUAGCCAUUGGUGGCGGCUGUUUCUUAGUUGUCAUUUUAUUUCAACAAUGGAAAUACAAUUAUAUACUAAUUGGUUCUCAAUCAUGUAUUGCAAUUUCAUGUUUGCAGUUAAUAAAUCAACAAGAUGAUAGUAAACAAUUUUUAGAACCAACAGCACAGGCAAUUUUAAUAAAUUUAAAUUUGCACUUAGGAGAAAAAACGCAAGUAUGGGCCAAUGAACCCACGCGCUAUAUACUUUUUAUUAGCCUAAUUGUUUUAAUGACGAUUAGUUUAAUUAUACAAAUUAGUACAGAAUGGACAACAUCAGUAAUAACUAUGAGUAGGCGAUUAUCAAUAUUUACUUAUUCAAAUAAAGAUGCAGCGAAUGACAUAUCGAACAGAAUUCAUUCGAAAUAUUAUUUAUUUGCUUUAUUUAUUGGUUUCCAAGAAGGUUAUGUUUUUGGAAAUAUUAUCAAGUUUGAUGUUACAUGCCUUUACGGGCUUCGACAUGCAGCCGAAAUGUUGAUUAUCUACGGAUUAAGCUCAACAAUAUCAAGUGUAUUAAUUGUUUUGAUUAUUAAACGUAUGACAACGAUGACCUGUAUAACAUUUACGACACUUCUUCAUUCGAUAACAAUUAUUAUAUCGUAUUUCACUCGAAUGCAAGAUAGUCUAUAUAAUAUUGAUUCAUUAACCAUGAAAUAUGUUCUAUUUUUCUCCUAUGGAAUUGUUCUUGGUUUAUGGUCGACGAUUUUAAUUUAUUCUAUUUGUAAUUCAAUGAAAGUUUUUUCAUCAUCAACAUUUGCCCAAUCUUUAGCACUUCGUUAUUUAGGUCGUAUUAUUGCAUAUUCAUGUGCUGUACUUCUAUGCCAAUCAUUCCUUUUUUAUGUUGAUACACUCUGUUUAUUAUGCAUGUUUGGUUUUAUAUUCAUAUCGUAUUGCUGUUGUCGUCAAUAA